AUGCUGCUUCUGGUAAUUUUGUGGGGGUUUACUCUCGUGUGCAAAGUGCAGCCAGCCACCAUGGAGGAUAUUGGCAACUUGGUUGCUGGUCCUCUCUGGAGUCAGACCAGGCUCAGUCUGUCUCUGAAGGGCCUCUUAGGGCCCAUUCCCCCGCAGCUCGGCGGUUUGACCAAUCUCACCUACCUGGACCUCUCCCAAAACAACCUAUUUGGCCCCAUUCCGGCAGAGCUUGGCAACCUCACAAGCCUAACUUAUCUGGACCUCUGGGACAACAAAAAUCUCUCCGGCCCCAUCCCCCCAGAGCUCAGCACUCUGACCAGACUCACCUACCUCGACCUCUCCUUCAAUAACCUUUCCGGCCCAAUCCCCUCAAAGCUCAGCAGCCUGCCCAAUAUCACCACCCUCCUGCUCCAAGUUAAUAACCUCUCUGGCCCCAUUCCCCCCGAGCUCGGCCGCCUGACCAACCUCUCGAUCCUCGGCCUUGCCGCUAACAAUCUCUCCGGCCCCAUCCCCCCCCCUCUCUUCAGGCAAUCCAAUUCGUCUUUCUACCCAGGGAAUUCUGGAUUGUGUUGCAUAGGGUGCACCUUCAGCUUGCCAUGCACUGGGAAUCCGCCCCCAGCCAUCUUGCCAGCGCCCCCAAGGUCCCCCCCGCCUCUGCCACCUCUUCUGCCAUCUCCUCCUAUAGAACCGCCUACUUCCUUACCCCCAGUCUUGCCCCCUAUUUACCCUCCUUCGAUGGCGUCCCCCUUCAUACUUUCACCAAUGCAACCACCGCCUCUCCCUCAAGCUUCACCGCCCUCACCGCCUCCUUCCGUUGGCCCAAUAGUGGGUGGGGUCCUGGCUGGAAUUUCUUUUAUGCUGGCCCUGGCAACCUUGGGGUUCUGCCUCCACCUUAGGAAAAAGCGCAUGUCGAACCAAGGGCCACCGACAGGCCUGGAGGAAGGGGGGAAGGACGAGUUGCAGAAUCAGGCUGCACUAAAACAACCGGCCCCCAUAAAGCGUCAGGAGCGCAUCACCUUCAAGCAGCUGCAAAAGGCUACUGGGAACUUCAACAGCGCCAACGUCAUCGGGAGGGGGUCGUUUGGGACUGUCUACAAGGGUGUUCUCGCAGACGGUUCGAUGCUUGCAGUGAAACGCUUGGAAACAAGGCCUGGGCGCAGAGACGUUGAGGAGCGGUCCUGGAAAACGGAAGUCGAGGCUCUGGGUAAGGUUCGGCACAUAAAUCUGGUGCCCCUUCUCGGGGUAUGCGCGGAAAGAGGGGAGCGGUUGCUGUUCUUCGACUUUUUUAUCCGGGGGAGCCUGGACAGGCGGCUUCACCACUCGGCGGCAGGGGGGGGCGUGCUGACGUGGGGUGACCGGAUGAACAUCGCAAGGGGGGUUUGCCAGGGGUUGACCUACCUGCACAGCCAUAUUCGGCCCCCCAUGGUGCACCGGGACAUCAAGGCCGCCAACAUCCUUCUGACUGACGGCGACCCCACCGAUGCCUGCAUCGCUGACUUUGGCCUUGCGCACCUGGUGCAAGACACCGGGGGGAAGACGUCGACCAUGGUUAAGGGCACGGUGCCAUAUAUGGCCCCAGAGUACCUGCACGGGGGUGCUCGGUUUCUGUCCCCCAAGUGCGACGUCUACAGCUUUGGGAUGUUGUCGCUGGAGCUCAUUAGCGGGCGCCCGGUUGUGCGUCAGCUCGAGAGCGGAGUCGUGGAGCGGCUCCUGAAGGUCGCCACGGAUCUGGUAAUCGAGGGGAGAGGGUUGGAGUUGGUUGACCCAGCUCUCAGGACGGCUUACAAUGCGGAGGAGGCGCGCAACUACAUCCACGUUGCACUGGCGUGCAUGCGGAGCGACCCAUCCGCUAGGCCCACCAUGCAAGACGUCGGCUCCCUUCUCGCUCGAGCCUCGGUUGUGGACGCGAGUUUUAUAAAGGAGGAGAUAUGGGAGUCGGACGAGUCGUCCGCGUACUUAGGCAGCCUGGGCUCCUCAACUGCGGAGCGUCCUUUCGAAAGACUGCGCUAUGAUGUGUAG